UCCAAGCUCCUUUAUUUAUCGGGGAUAUUUGUGGUCUUCUAAAAUGCGUGUAUGGGGUCCUCAUUGUCCGGUGUCAUUGGUGAAUGACCGAAGAUGUCCCACAGCAGGUUGUUUGCCAGGCUGCUUUUGCAGCAGAGUGGAGUCAGACACUGUUAUACAGGAACAAGAAAGAACCUCUACAUCAACAAGAACACCAAGGUCAUCUGCCAAGGUUUCACAGGGAAGCAGGGAACGUUUCACAGUCAGCAGUCUCUCGACUAUGGCUCCCAGUUAGUGGGGGGUGUUUCCCCCGGUAAGGGGGGUAAGACGCAUCUCGGGCUGCCUGUCUUCAAUUCUGUAAAGGAGGCAAAGGAGGGCACAGGGGCUGAUGCCACUGUGAUUUAUGUCCCCCCUCCGUUCGCCGCAGCAGCGAUCAUCGAGGCCAUUGACGCAGAGAUACCCCUGGUGGUGUGCAUCACCGAGGGCAUCCCCCAGCAGGACAUGGUGCGAGUCAAACAUAAGCUUCUGCGCCAGGGUGCCACACGUCUCAUAGGCCCCAACUGCCCAGGGGUCAUCAAUCCUGGAGAAUGUAAAAUUGGGAUCAUGCCAGGUCACAUUCACAAGAAAGGGAGGAUUGGAAUUGUGUCUCGAUCGGGAACUCUGACAUAUGAAGCUGUGCACCAAACUACACAAGUCGGCCUGGGCCAGUCGCUCUGUGUUGGUAUUGGCGGGGACCCAUUCAACGGCACAAACUUCAUAGACUGUCUGGAGGUGUUCCUGCAGGACCCCAAGACUGAGGGCAUCAUCGUAAUCGGAGAAAUCGGAGGAAACGCUGAGGAGAAUGCAGCAGAAUACCUUAAAGAGCACAACUCUGGUGCAAAUGCCAAGCCUGUGGUGUCCUUCAUCGCGGGGCUAACUGCUCCUCCCGGGCGUAGGAUGGGCCACGCCGGCGCCAUCAUCGCCGGUGGAAAAGGCGGAGCCAAAGAGAAGAUUGCAGCCCUGCAGUCUGCUGGAGUUGUAGUCAGCAUGUCUCCUGCCCAGCUGGGCAGCACAAUGUUCAAGGAGUUUGAGAAGAGGAAGCUGUUGUAAAUUGCGUGAGAAGGCACCCGACUUUUCACCCCUCACCCCCCCCUCCGCUCCAAAAUUGAACAGAUGAACAGCCUGAACCUUAAGGUGGAAAUGCCCUACAGUGUCUAUAGACCACGAUUAUUUCAUCUGCAAAGCGCACAUGGAAUGUUUAUAUUGUAAUUUCUGCCAUGAUCUUGUACCUUGCACAUAAAGAGCGAAUAAAUAAUAACGUCUUCUGGUAUUCUAGGUAACUCAUUGUACACAGAGUGAACAUUUUAUAGAUGUCUUCUUUCUCCAUUACUCAACUUUUGACAGUUAAAGGAAACGAUGCCAUGGUAAAUUUGGUGAUCUGUUUGGUUCUGUUAUCCUCCUGCUGUAAGUUGUAUUCCAUCACACAUUUCACCGGCUGUCCACCUGAAUAAGAAAUAUUUCUCAGAUCAUU